AGACGAACACUUCUUUUUCUAUCUGAGUAACUCAAGCAGGUAAAUUACAGAAAGUUCAAUUUUAUUUAAAGCAGUUAAUUAAAAGGCUAUAAAUCAUAUAAUCAAAUUAUUUUGCGGUUCGAAGUAAAGAAAAAAGAGGGUGACUUCUGCAAGUGGAAAAGUUGUAGAUAAUCAAAUCAAAUAGACGGCAGCGCCAACGCAUUCACUUGCACGAGUAUCAAACCCCCCAAAAAGUAAGUGCAGCAUACGAAACGGAGAUAAAAGGAAUAAAAAGAUUAUAAAGAAAAAUUAAGGGAAAACUAAUUAAAACAUGUCGGCGGCACAAGUAGAAGUGCAACAGAACAACGAGGACCAAAAAUUAGGUGAAGUGAGUAAAGCGGCCGCCAACGACACGGACACUGACACCGACACAGCCGUAACUACCCCAAAAACUAUGAACGAGAACAAUAAUGCGGUGGAUAAGACGGCUAAAAUGGAUAUGUCAACCACCGCGCAAGAGGCGACCGACAAUGGUGUGAAUAAAAAGGAAUUAGCUGAAAAUUACAAAAAUCAGGGAAAUGAGAUGUUAAAAAACAAGGAAUUCAAUAAAGCGAUUGAAGCGUACACCAAAGCCAUAGAAUUAUAUCCAUGCGCUAUUUACUAUGCCAACCGUUCACUAGCUCAUCUGCGGCAAGAGAGUUUUGGAUUCGCGCUGCAGGAUGGUAUCGCUUCUGUUAAAACCGACCCUGCAUAUUUGAAGGGGUACUAUCGUCGUGCCGCAGCUCAGAUGUCUUUGGGGAAAUUCAAGCAAGCCUUAUCAGACUUUGAAUAUGUCUCAAAAUGUCGUCCUAAUGACAAAGACGCUAAACUUAAAUUCACGGAAUGCAAUAAGAUAGUCAAGAUGCGUGCUUUCGAACGUGCCAUCGCAGUUGAUACGCCCGAAAAAACGUUAGCCGAAAUGUACAAAGAGUUGGAAGAUAUAGCUAUUGAAGAUGCCUACACGGGGCCGGCCCUCAAAGAUAACAAAGUAACAUUAGAAUUCAUGCUGGAACUAAUGGAACAUUAUAAAAACCAAAAAAUCCUUCAUCGGAAAUACGCUUACAAAAUACUCUGCGAUAUCGACGAAUACAUGCGUACACAGCCUUCUUUAAUUGACAUUCACGUGCCCGACGAAUCGAAGUUUACAAUUUGUGGUGAUAUUCACGGUCAGUUCUAUGAUCUUAUGAAUAUCUUCCAAAUAAAUGGCUUGCCAUCACCGACGAAUCCGUACCUAUUCAAUGGCGACUUUGUUGAUAGAGGCUCAUUUUCCGUGGAGUGUAUAUUUACACUAUUUGGCUUUAAACUUUUAUAUCCAAAUCACUUUUUCAUGUCACGAGGAAAUCAUGAGAGCAUUAAUAUGAAUCAAAUGUACGGCUUCACUGGUGAAGUAACGGCUAAAUAUACAUCGCGCAUGGCUGAUAUGUUCACGCGUGUAUUCAACUGGUUGCCACUAUGUCACUGUAUCAACAAAAAAGUGCUGGUUAUGCAUGGUGGACUAUUCUCAAGUGAUAAUGUCGUUUUGGACGAUCUGCGUCGUAUUGAACGUAAUUGCCAGCCACCAGAAGAGGGACUUAUGUGCGAACUAUUAUGGUCCGAUCCACAGGCAUGGCCUGGUCGUGGACCCUCGAAACGUGGUGUGGGCAUACAAUUCGGGCCCGAUGUCACAAAGGCGUUCUGUAAGCGAAAUAAUCUGGAAUAUAUCGUACGAAGUCAUGAAGUCAAAGAUAUGGGUUACGAAGUUACUCAUGAUGGCCAGUGCAUUACGGUAUUUUCAGCACCUAAUUAUUGUGAUACUAUGGGCAAUAUGGGCGCAUUUAUAACAAUAAAAGGCAACGAUUUGUACCCAUAUUUCGAACCAUUCGAGGCUGUGCGUCACCCCGAUGUCAAGCCAAUGGCAUAUGCAAACAGCUUAAUGAGUUUGCUCGCGUAGUCAUAUAGUUUAAGUUGGCUCUGUAUAGUUUAUAAAGUGGGCAAACGUUUAAGCAACUAUUGUAUUAUUCAAUAAAAAUCAACAAACGACGAAAACAACAACAACAGACAUCAGCAUGCCGUAUGAACACUACCGCGAAUUCAACUCACAAAUCGCUUGCGAAACACAGAGCUUUUCAAAGGAGUUUUCAACUUUGUUUUUAAAACAUUAACUGGUGCUUAGAGUAUAGAAACCCAAGAAUGAAUAUAAAACUGCUGGCUACAAUCAGUACUUUUUAAACCCCCCUAUGUGGAUACGCAUAUAUUAAUAUUAUUUUGAAUAACGUACCACAUUGGACAUUUUAAUAGUCAUUUGUAUAAAAAGCAAAUACGCCUUAUUUUAGCGUAUCAAAAGCAGAAAGCAGCUAUUAUUUGGGAAAAUUACCUUUGAUCCAAUUACAUAAUCUAAACAUUUAUACUUAAAUAGACAAUGAUGUGGUUAAUUCAGUUUUUCAUUUAUUGAAAGUUAAAUAAACGUUCAUUAAAAAGCGUUGGUAAACUUGAGUGUGGUAUGAUGGCAUCAUAAUUGGAAUUUGUACAAUAUGUUUUAUUUAAAUUGAAAUAUUUGCGCCUUAACAUAUGUUUUGCAAUUUUUUACAAACGCGUUGAGUGAUCUUAAAUGCUUUUAGUUGUAUUUUACUUUACUUUAAACACUUAUGCCAUGCUAAAAAAUUUAUAGAAAUAGAGAAUGAAAAAAAAAAUACAUAUUUGCUAUGAACGGAUACGAAAUUGUGGUUUUCAUGUACGUAUACGUAUGUAUAUGUAUUUAUAUAAAAAAAAAAAAAAACAA